CAUUCAAAAAGACACCGAAGGUUGAGCUGUAGGCAGUAAAAAGAGACGACACUGGACAGCUCUAUCGUACCGGGUUCUUACCACGGUAAGCAAUUAUUUUAACAGUGGUUAAAAUGUUUAAAAAGGUAACAUUAAGCAAGCGAUGACCAGUCAAAGAGCCCCCCUCCUAUAUCAAACAACAAAAUCAUAAUCCAUUUUCAGAGAGAGUAAAUACAGAGAAAGAAGAAGAAGAAGAGAGAGAGAUGGCAGCAUGCAUUGACUUGUCGAGGAUUCCCCACAUCCCUGGGAGGUUGCACGCGACCAACAACCCUUACCAGAGGUACGGUCCAAAGGGUUUCAUAGAAACCAAGAUCCUCCCCAACGACGACCUCUACGUCCGCGUCGACCUCCCAGGCGUUCCUGACGACGCCAUCCGCCUCAGAGUCGACGCCGUGAGACAAAAGGUUGUCUUUUUCUCCGGCGAGGAAGUUCUCGGCGCCGGAGACAACGCCCACGACGUUCGCGAGUACUCUGGAACCGCCGGUCUGGGCUGCGACUGCUGCGAGAUCACCGGCGUCGAUGCCAAGAUGAAAGAUGGAGUCUUGAGGAUGAUUCUCACUAGGGUCAAAGUCAAAGACCAUCAUGACAACAACAACAACAAGUGUACUCACUUUCUCCCUCCUAACGCAGGCAAAUCUGGGAGAUACGAUGUGAACUCACUUGUCAUGGUUGAAGUGGAGGAACAUCCCUAUGUGGUGAAAGGUCGCAAGGACACGUUGGCUACCAACCGAACAUCUGAUGGAUGUUUUCGCUUCUCGGUGGACAUGCCUGGUGUCUGCAGCGACGACGUCUUCGUGAUUCCCAACCAGAACGAGAUCAAGUUCUACGGUGAGAACAAGGAGGUGUAUGAGCAUGACGAGAGCUGCCGUAUUUUCCUUGGAGCCAUCAGCAAUCGUCAGUGUUGUUCCUUUGGGAUUCCGCUUCUGAGCCACGACAUCGCUUGGGAUGCAGAGUUUGGUGUUCUCAAAGUGCGUGUCUCACCACCUCCUCGCAACCGCAAUUGAGUAAUCAUCACUCUUAUCUACUACGUUUUCAUUUCACUGUUUUAGCAGUGUGUGUGUGUUUUAAGUUGAGACAAUUGUUAUGUGUGUGUCCUCCUCCUGCUUUUGUGUUUGUUAUUGGAAUCUUGUGACCAGUCAUGUUCAUUGCUUUCACAAUCU